CUUUGGUAAUUUGAAGUUGCUCCAAAAACAAUGGGCAAGUCGACGACGACGAGCAUCUCUGGUUGUGUAAUUGCUCUAGUAGCGGCGAUGCUGCUUGCGUCAUCAGGUGGCGUAGCAGCGCAAGGAGGAGGAGGAUAUGCUGGCUACGGGUACGGCGGGUAUGGCUACGACUAUGGUCAGGGCCAUGGACAGCUGAUCAUGGGAUACUACUGGAUGAGCUGCCCGUAUGCGGAGGCCAUCGUCCGCAACGUGGUGGGUGAAGCCCUCUACAAGGACCCUACACUCGCCGCCUCCCUCCUCCGCCUCCACUUUCACGACUGCUUCGUCCGCGGAUGCGACGCCUCCGUCCUCCUUGACUCCACCCACGGCUCCACGGCCGAGAAGGACGCCCUCCCCAACAAGUCCCUCCGUGGCUUUGAGGUCAUCGACGCCGUCAAGGAGGCCCUCGAGGCGCGGUGCCCCGGCAUCGUCUCCUGCGCCGACGUCCUCGCCCUCGCCGCCCGCGACUCCGUCUCCAUGGCCGGCGGGCCCUACUACGACGUCCCCACCGGCCGCAGGGACGGCUUCCACUCCCUGUCCGCCGACACCUCCGCGCUCCCCGCCGCAACCCUCACCGCGCCAAAGCUCAUUGACCUAUUUGUCGGCACCCACGGCUUCACCGUGCCGGAGCUCGUCGCGCUCUCAGGCGCCCACACGCUUGGCCGGGCCCACUGCGCCAACUUCAAGAACCGCCUCAAAGCUAACGCCGUCGACCCUACCAUGGACGCCUGGAUGGCGGCGUCGCUGGUCAAAACUUGCAAGAGCGGCGGCGACGGGGCCACCGCCAAGCUCGACACGACGAGCAACGCCUUUGACACCAACUACUUCCUGGGGCUCCUGCAUAGCAGGGGCCUGCUCACGUCUGACCAGACGCUCAUGACGGGUUCAGAGGAGACGGUCAUGUACGUCGGCAUGUUCGCCGAUAACUCCGACAUAUUCUUCGACACCUUCGUCCAGGGGAUGGCCAAGAUGGGACAGCUCGACCUCAACCCUUAUGGCAACGUCAGGAUGAACUGCAGGGUCCUCAACUAUUAAGCAAGCCACACAUCUUUACUAUUAAAUUGCAAUGCAACCGUGGUAAGUCGUCCUUCGCUCGCGCCCGUGAUUCACGUCUUGCUCGCACCCAUGGGCCACACCCUAGCUCACGGAAACAAACCUUUUGGCCCACCAAAACAAGUAUACAACAAAGAAAAAAGGAAAUUCAACUACUAUACGUACUCUGCUACCAUAAUCACAUUACAACCCGGCCGCACGCUACCCCUCGUCUACAAAUAUACGCGAUCCCGUGGAUCUGUUAAUCCCUCAUGACG